CUGGUGCCGCUGUCCCGCGCCGACGGCCCGCGGCUGGGCGCCGUGCAGGAUGUGCUGCACCAGGUGAACCAGAGCCGCGUGCAGGUCGUGGUGCUGUUCGCCUCUCCGCGCGCCGCGCACGCGCUCUUCAGCCUCAGCCUCCGCCGCAGGCUCUCCCCCAAGGUGUGGGUGGCCAGCGAGGCCUGGCUGACCUCGGACCUGGUCAUGGCACUGCCCGGCAUGGCCCGGGUGGGCACCGUGCUCGGCUUCCUGCACCGGGGCGCCGAGCUGCCCGAGUUCCCCCGCUACGUUGAGACCCGCCUGGCCCGGGCGGCUGACCCG